GGUCCAAUGUCAAAUAAUUGUACAAUUGGGACUAUAUGUUGUUUUUGAAUCGUUUUCCAUAUCAGAGAAAGAAUAUACAAAAGGAUUUCACUCACACAUUCUCCAAUAUACAAACAAACGUUAUCCCAAUUCCCCACCUAUAUGAAAAGUCAGUUUAUUAGCUACUCACUACUCAGCUUCCUAAUCUUUCCAAAUUAAUUAGAUUGUUUCAAUUCGAUUUCUUCACUUGUUUCGCUUAGAUCAAAUGGUUCAACGCGGAAAGAACAAAAUUCGUACCGCAAAACAUAUAUUUAUAAUUUCGUAUGGUUUAAGGUAAGACACGUAACAUUUAUCCCAAAUUUAGACUGACUUAUGAACCUUCCUACUGGUUUUCAAAACAUUCACAUUCCACAAGUCUACAGGAUAUUUUUUUUAUCCUACAUAUAUGAAAAACGUAUCAUAACAUGAUACAGAGAGAAAUUAAAAAAAGUAAGCCAAAAGCAGAAAUAGCAGGGAAAAAAAAAUAGAGUACUUUAGCAACAACCCAAGAGAGAAUCAUGUACGUGACAAGGCCUCUGUCUUUGCUUAGAAGGUCCCCUGAGCUACUGAAUUCAGCACCCCAAGAGGGUCCAAAUUCUGGUUACUUGGUUCUCUUAGACGAAGAAUCUGAAACAACGACCUGUUUUGGAUUGUGUAAGGAAAGGUCAAUCAAAGCCCUGCCAUUUCCUCAGAACAAGGAUCUAAGUGUUACUUAUACAGUAAGCACUGGAGAGAACACUACGACCUAUUACGAUGAUGUAGUGUUCGUUCCAGUGCUAGAUCAACCCCUCUCUUCCAAUCGGUACUAUGUAAUUCGCCGCCAAGGAAAACAUAAAGGUGAAGCUAGCGCAAGCUCAACAGAAGAUGACAUGGGAACAUGUUGUUGCUGCACAUAUAUUAGAGACGUCAAGCCGAGGCCGUUGGAUCCUUUAGACACCUUUCAACAAGUUGAGAUCAUCCGAAAGCGUCGCGGAAGCUUCACAGCAGCAUCCGUGGCCGAAAAUGGCUUUCCUCCUACGUUUUUGAGGAGAAAAUAUUGGCAGCUACAUAUGCAGACACCUCGCCAUUACCACCUAGAUGAAGCACCUGGGGUGAACUCCUCGCUAAGAUCACAGCUUCCGGAACUCAAUAUAAUUGUGGUCGUGGGAAAAUGGUACUGCCCUUUUAUGUUUGUCAAGGAAUUAGAGGGAAAACUCAAAGAGCAGGUGAAAUAUUCCACGUUUUAUGAGAUGAGACUUGAGCAGAGAUGGGACAAGGUUUUUGAAUGUGACAACGUUGGGAACGACAUGAAAAUGGUGAGUGUUGAUGUGUUUGUUAAAAGAGAAGAGGCUCGUGUUGAUGGAAAGGAAGCUAUAUGUGAUUGGGGCCAUGUUGAUGAUGGAGUUAUCUGGUUUAGAAGUUGUGGUAAAGGAGAAGAAGAAUCAGGAAGGUUACUGGGGUUGAGCAAAUUGAUAAUGGAUAGAAUAAGGUGGGAAGAAGAGAGAGUUGGGUUUAAAGUGGAUGAGAUUGAAAGGCAAGUGAAUGUGAAAAGAACAGAGGAGUUUGAUGGAAAAGAGUGGAGCAAAUUUGGAUGUUAUGUCUUGGUAGAGAGGUUUGUGUUGAUGAGAGUAAAUGGCACCGUAUUGUUGACUCUUGAUUUUAAGCAUACCAACCAAAUUAGGUGCAAAUGGGAAUGAGCUAGCAAUAUCGGUGACACUUCAAUAUACUGAAGUGUAGUUUAUGUUCUGCAUAUUUCUCUGUUUUUUUUUUUCUUUUCUCUUUUCCUUCUUCCACUAUUUAAAAUGUAUGAUAUUAUUCACUAUUUACUUAUUGAUAUGUUAAAUUGCUGAUGAAACAUGGUAGUGUUGUCAUGUGAGGAUUGUAUUAUAUUUAGUGUGUGUAUAAAUAAACCAUUUAUUGCGAGCUAA